AGUCCUCACCGCCACUCGCCUCGUCGUUUUCAAGCUGCUGCUCGGGAUCCCGGACCCAGCUUACAAGUGUGUUAUUCUCACAAGGCGUGUGCUCUCUGUCAUGGCAAUGCGUUUCAUGCUAGCAACCAUUCUGUCGUUUUGGUUCGUCUUCUCUAUGCGAUAUCCUGGCAUUCCAUCUAUCAGACAGACAGUGAUUUGAAUCAUUUUGAUCUGCAUAAAUUCUACUUUGCCGGAGCAGCGAAACGUCCAGCUCAUCAAUUUCAACGCCUUCAAGUGAUGCUAGUGGCCCAAUGAUGAUGGCUAUGCUUCAGGAUCAACGUUUCAACCUUCCGCUGGUAUUCGAGCGACUUCGGGCCCACCCCGCCGACGGGGUACUUAGCGUGUUGAUAGGAGUCCGACCCACUGCACCCCCACACUCAAUCGCAGAUAUUACUUUCUAUCAUCUAAUGUCUUACACGGGUGCUACCACAAAGGACGUUUGGUCUCCGCUUUGCAUCUGGAGAGCUCUUGGAAAUUUCAACCACACCUUCACGGUCAAACCCGGAAUGAUCCACUUAUAUUCGUCUAUCAUCUUUCCGUGCGAUGCGCGUCAGGAUCUGCGGGGGACAUAGUAACCUUGACCAUCAUGACGCCGACUGACGUUCAGAGUUUCACCCUUUGUCCAACCUUGGUAAGAACGCGUUCCGAAGAAUCAUGGGAAUGCAGACAAGUGAGUUCAUAGAUCCUGGUUCCCGUCCACCCCUUGGCAGAAUC